AUGCAAGCACUUGCUGGCUUACCGACAAAUGCACAAAAAAUUCAUCUCGAUACUGGCGAGACAGUCUAUAUCAGCGGUAUGGCUCUUCUAAAAAUGCUUAAACAUGGUAGACAAGGAAUUCCAAUCGAAGUCAUUGGUUUGAUGCUUGGAUCUUUUGUUGAUGACUACACAAUCUCUGUAGUUGAUGUUUUUGCCACACCACAGAGCGCUACAGGCACAAGUGUCGAAGCAAUUGAAGAUGCUUUCCAAGCUGAGAUGGUCGAAUUACUUAAAAACGUAGGCAGACCAGAAAACGUUGUUGGAUGGUAUCACUCUCACCCUGGCUAUGGUGUUUUCCUUUCAGAUGUCGAUGUUCAGCAACAGAGAUCUUUCGAAAGACUCAAUACAAGAUGUAUUGCUGUUGUCGUUGAUCCUGUUCGUUCAGUUCGCGGCAAAGUUGUUAUUGCUGCCUUCAGAUCUACUCCAUUACAAGAUUUAAUGAUGAAUAACAAGGAACCUCGUGAAACAACCGCAUUUACUCACGCUUCUUACGUAGCUACAAGCCAUUUCCAUAAGCCGGAUGACGUUUAUUACCAGCUAAAUAUUUCAUAUCGAAUGUCCGCUCCAGAAGAACAUAUGCUCAAAUCAUUGAAUAGACCAGAGUGGUCACGCGGAUUUAGCACAAAUUCAUUCGCUAAGGAAGAUAGCAACAAUUUGUCCAAAUUAAAGGCACUUAUCGACAGUAUUCCAAGCUACAAACAGGAUAUUACUGAUGAAGAGAAAUUAUCGGGUACUGAUUAUCAACUCCGCCACGUUGGAAAGGUAGAUCCAAAGGAAUUCCUCCGCUCCAACUCAGAAGCUUUAGCAUCGCAUGUCUCUUCUCAAUUAUUCCGCACAAAUCUUAACGCUACUACAUUCAAAUAA